AUGAAAUCCAAAAAGCGUCAUCAUGAUAGUUCCGAUGAAUCUGAAGAGUCGGAUGCUAGUGUAAAAUCCAGCAGUUCGUCUGAAAGUGAUAGUGACGAUUCUUCAAUAUCUGAAGCCCGGCAUAAGAAAAAAAGAAAACGUGCCGAUUCCUCAGAUUCAGACAGUAAUACAGAUGAUCAAAGACGUGCCAAAAAACGUAAGCAUAAGAAAAAGAAGAAGAAGCAUACUAAGAAAAAAAGACGAUCGGAAUCAUACGAAGACGUAUCGGAUGAUGCUAUAUCAAUAAGUGAAGGCGAAAUAUCUCCUAAAAAACGAAGGAAGCACAAACAUAAGCAUUCUAAGCGAACUCAAUCCGGUAGUGAAGAUGGGGAGUAUGAAAAACAUUCGGACCGUCGCUUGCAUAGUGUGGUUAAAGAACGUAGAACAUCUUCAGAGGAAGGCAAUCCACCAUCUCGUACUUAUUAUCAGAAGGAGUACCACCGUUCAGGAUCAGUUGAAGAAUAUGACCAUGGCAGAGAGGGUCACAAAUAUUACCAAGAACCAAGUAGACGGCAUCAUGAACACCAAGACAGUUAUAAUUAUGAACGAGGAAGAAAUGACAGAUAUCCACAACAAGAAGAUAGGUAUGAUAGACAAAGGGAUAAGUAUGCUUCUAAUGCACAUUUUGUUCCUAAUGAGGAAGGGUAUAGUGGGAGGCAAAGAGAAUAUGAAGAAUAUAAGAGACACCCCAGGUAUGAAGAACAUUUGAGGGGAGAAGACCAUUACAGACGAGAUAGGGAGGUGCCAUAUCAACCUAGAGAAGAUACUAGAGGCACUAACAGAUAUAAUCGGUAUGAGGAUAGGGCUCCGAAACGUCGAGAAUUUGAAGACGGAAGAGAUUAUCGCGAAAGACGCGGUCCAGCCGAGCCUGACCGAUAUCGAGACAAGGAGUUCGAGAAGAGGGAAAGAUUUUCACCAGAAAGUGACAUCUCUACAGACAAUUAUAAUGAGUUUGGUCACAACAUGUUGCAGUUGCAAAGACAUUUUAAUGUUUUCACCUUAAACGCUAAUAAUUACUCUAGGCACGUAGGCAGAGAUGUGCGUCGCGAGAGACCGGCUAGAGUUGAGAAAGUAGCUCCUGUUCGCAGAGAUCCGUCAAGGUCCAGAAGUGAAGAGGAACGGUAUAGAGAGAAGACUGAGGAGAAACGGGAACGUUCUCACCGACCGCCUGACGACAGGCGCGUGUCUGUCGACAGGCGUACAGCUGACAGGCGAGCGCCUGACGACAGGCGGCCGGAUAAGAGCGAUGACAGGCGGAAUAAGCCUCGUGAGCGGAAGUCCAGAUUUGACAAUGAAAACGAUAAGAAAGAAUACAGUUGGGGUAAAACGGAUGUGAAGGAUAAAGACAAGGACAAGGAGGGCGGGGACAAGGAGAAGCCGAACUUCGGUCUGUCGGGCAAGUUGACGGCAGACGCGAACACCGUCAACGGGGUCGUCAUUAAGUACACGGAGCCGGAUGAUGCGAAGCAGCCCAAGCGGAGGUGGAGAUUCUAUCCAUUCAAAGGCGACAAAGCUUUACCAAUACUAUACAUACACCGACAGUCGUGCUUCCUCAUCGGACGCGACAAGAAAGUAGUGGACAUCGCGCUUGAACACCCAUCCAUUAGCAAGCAGCACGCAGCGUUGCAGUACCGCGCCACGCCCUUCACUCGCGCCGACGGCUCGCAGGGACGGCGUGUGCGACCUUAUAUCAUCGAUUUGGAAUCAGCAAACGGUACAUUUGUAAACAACAAAAAGCUGGAUCCGCGUCGGUAUGUAGAGUUAUUAGAGCGGGACGUUGUGAAGUUUGGUUUCUCCCAACGCGAGAGGCAGCCGUGGCUGAUGGAGAUUAAGUUGAGGAUUCUUCACUUUGAAAGGACUUUACAUGCUGUAGAAGAUUACGCAACA